UUAACGUGUAUCCCUUUUUUUUCACAUUAAUUCCUAGUGAUAGAGAAACUGAUACUAGUGCAUAAUAUGGAAUUGGGCAUCAAAUUUAUUGCUUGUGGUAAAUCAAUUAUAGUCCUUUGUACAUGAAUUGACCCGGUUAGGAUGGCAUGCAUCUAGAACCGGAAAUUGGUGCUGUUAUUCUGGAGGAAAGUGGAAAACCUGAAGACCGAGUUGAAACAGCCUUGAAGUGUCUUCCACAUUAUGAUCCUGCUGGCAGUUGGAGUGUUGAUUCCACUGCAUCAUUCCGCUAUUGGAAGAUUCGUGAUUAUGCAUAUGCUUACAGGUCCAAGCUUGCAACCCCCUCUAUUGUUGCAGAGCAAUUCAUCUCAGCUAUGGAGGGGUUCGCUAACAAGAAGCCCCCGACACCAUUAUUGAUUUCGUUUGAUGCAGAGGAUGUAAGAAAGCAAGCUGCAGCUUCCACACAAAGGUUUGAGCAAGGAAAUCCAUUAUCAACAUUGGAUGGGAUUUUCAUGGCUAUCAAGGAUGAUAUAGAUUGCUACCAUCAUCCAUCAAAGGGUGCAACAACAUGGAUGCAUGAGGUUCGCCCUGUUGAGAAGGACGCAGUUUGUGUCUCAAGAUUACGCAGCUGUGGUGUAAUUCUUGUUGGAAAAGCAAAUAUGCAUGAAUUGGGCCUCGGAACGACUGGAAAUAAUCCUAAUCAUGGGACAACAAGAAACCCACAUGCUCCAGAAAGGUAUACAGGAGGAUCUUCCUCAGGCCCAGCCGCAAUUGUGGCUUCUGGACUUUGUCCAGCUGCUUUAGGAACAGAUGGUGGAGGUUCUGUUCGUAUUCCUUCUUCUCUUUGCGGGGUCGUGGGCUUGAAAACAACAUAUGGACGGACAGACAUGAGAGGGUCAAUAUAUGCAGGGACUGUGGAGAUUAUUGGACCAAUCGCAUCAACAGUGGAGGAUGUCAUGCUUGUGUAUGCAGCAAUCUUAGGUUCCUCCCCUGCUGAUAGUAUCUGUUUGAAACCGUCUCUCCCCUAUGUGCCAGAUUUAUCUUCACAUGAGUGUUCACAUGUUCUGGGAUUGCUAAGAUUAGGGAAGUAUACACAGUGGUUCAAUGAUGUAUUCUCAACUGAGAUCUCUGCUACGUGCGAGAAUGUUCUUAAUCGGCUAUCGGAGACACAUGGAUGUAAGAUGGUAGAGAUUGUAGUACCUGAGCUUCAAGAGAUGCGCAUGGCUCAUGUUGUUUCCAUUGGUUCUGAAUCAACAAGUUCAUUAACGCCUGAUUGUGAGGAUGGGAAAGGGGUGAAACUUACAUUGGAUACUCGCACUAAUCUGGCUCUUUUUCGGUCAUUCACAGCUUCGGACUACAUUGCUGCCCAACGCCUAAGGCGAAGGCUAAUGUACUACCACAUGGAGAUUUUCAAGAAGGUGGAUGUCAUAGUGACGCCCACAACCGGAGAUGCACUCUACUUAAAUAAUUACGGAACGACGUUGUUAGGCUACGUGACCGAAGAAGAAGCCAACUUCGAAGCAGUGCUCUCUGAACCAGUUUUCCAGUCUUACAGAUCUCACAGAGCAUUCAAUCUACCAGAUCGUAUAGAAGUAACCGAAGUCUCUCUCUCUCUCCAAAUUCUCCUUUGCGUGUUUCUUAGCCAAAUGAUCACAAGAGAUGAUUAA